AUGACCGCGCUUCCGGGCAGAGUGGGGAGGAUCCUGAAGAUCCGAAGAGGGCAGCUCCCCAACACGCGUAGCUUGAGCUCGUGCAGCAAGGCGGAAGCAUAUCAGCGGCAUGCCGUGAAUGUGCAGCACGCGCAGCGCGAGAGUGACGUAUAUGGGCAGUACGACAACCUUCUGAACAUAGGAAGCAAAACGCCUGAACAGGUCAUAAAAUUGUUAAGCGACAUAAGCAAGGAGAGGAGGUGUGACGCGGAAGUGGUAAAGACGAUCACGAAUCAUGUGUACGAUUUUUGUGAAGACUUCUUCCCCCCUCAGCUGGUGAAGGUGUUAGAAAUUUACGCCAAGUUAAAAUACUCAAAUGAAACCUUACUUGGUGUUGUCUGCAACAGAGUAAAUGACCUCACAAAUAUUAGGUCAUGUCUUAGGGUAAAAAUAAUGACAAACAUUUACAAGCAAUUAAAUCUUCACCACCCAGUAGUCAAAUCACCACUCAUGUCGCAACUGAAUAGCAACAUAAAUGAUUACAAGAACGAGUUGGUCUCCAUUGUUAAAAAUGUAUCCUACCUGUACGUAGAUGCAGAUACCUCUGCAAAUAUUAUAAACAGAAUUUUAACCAAUUAUGAGUAUUAUGAAAAAGAUGCGUUCACCAUACUUGAAGCGUGCAGCAGGUUGGACAAUUGCCAUGAGGUGUUGAUCGAGUUGGUGAAUAACAAGGUGAAGGAAUUACAAACAAAUGGAAGCAACUGUAGCUUCAAAAAUUUUGUAAAAUUUAUAAGUGCAUAUAAAAGACUAGGGUUAAAAGAAAACACAUAUAUACAUGCCCAGUUUGAAAAAAAAAUUAAUAACAUCAGGUUGUUACCUCCAGAGAAUAUCUCCUAUGUGCUCCUUUUAUUAUUGUCGUGCAAAGUGAGACAUGAAGGAUUAUUCGACUUGAUCAUCAUGAACAUAGAAAAUUUUGUGAACAGCAAAAAUGAACAGCUAGCUGUGGAAGAAAAAAAUUUGUAUGUCUCUCGCCAAGGGGAGAAGAAAUGCGAUGGGGAAAACUCACACAAAAAGUAUACCCCACAAAAUAUUUACAAUUCUUACAUUCUUUACUUCUUGCCCUUCCACCUGCUUCUUCUAACGCUGCUAAAUUACGGGGAGAAAAGUACACUCAAGCAUCUGCUAAAUGUGUGCGUCCUGGAUUAUCUACAUUUGUACGAUACAUCGCGUUUAAUUAAGCUACUCUACGUUUGCACACUGCUGACCAUGGAAGGUGAAGAGACAAGUAAAAGGGGGAACUUAGCUGAUCUGGAAGAAAUUGCAGAGAAAAUUUUCUUAGCCCUUCAGUAUGUAUAUAAAAACGCUACCAUCAACGAGAUGAAAAUUUUAUACGACUGUUUUUUGUAUCACAAAAAGGCUGUUGAAAAAAAUUCAAAUUUGAACAAGUUACACGAUGAUCUGUUGCACACUGAAUGCCUAUCCCUUUUGCCAUCCUCCUAUGACAAUUUAAAUUUUGAAGAUUUAAAAAUCGUCACGUGUGCUAGUUCGUCUUACUUGCAGGGGAAGACUGAUGAUACAAUUUAUUUUUACCUGAACAGGAAUGAUUUUUUUUCCUCCAACGUGUGUGGCUACGAGGACUUGCUGCUCAGUGUCAAGUUACGUGCGAACAUUUUGCGCAAGCAGUACGGUGCGACCCACACUGUGCAAAUGGUUUACCCUGGAGCAGCGGCCGGGAGUUGA